AGAAAAACAGAAAAGGCAAGAAAGACAACAGAAAAACAAAGAUAUACAGCACUGGAUGGCAAGAGUGAGUAUUUGUUACAUUUUAAUCUGGUCUGUAACUGGGAGCUAGUGAGCUUCACAGAGAGAGCAAUCAGAAGAUUCUGACUAGUUGUUUUUAAACUUUGAGUUAAGCUGUUCAUUCAACAAACCAUCGUAUUAAAGCUCAGUUAUUUUAAGGAAUUAACAUUCUAGCGAAAAAUAUAUAAUGAUUAAUAGUGUCAACAAAUAAUGAUAACAAAUUGAACAAAUAAUGAACAAAAUUAUUAGCGUUUUAAGUUGUCCAAAAAAUGAAAAGAAUAGCAUGUGACUGAAAACAUUGAAAGGUAAAAAUACUGAGGAGAAAGUAAAGGAUAAAAUUAGCUAAAAUUGGACAGCAAAAAUGGAACAUUCAUAAUGAAAAGUAACGUAGGUUGCAAAUAUAAAAGAAAAUAAAGUGCAAAUGAGGACUCUUGGCAAAUGACAAUGUGCUUUUUAGCCAUCAAGGGACAUCAAUGAAGUGUGUUACUGUACACAUAUAAUAAUGUUGUUCUCAGUGCACUUCAAAUCAAAAAAGGAGAACUUGGAGAUUUUUUUUGAGGUGCAGCAUGUGCCACUAAAGAAUGUAUAUUAUAUUUGUGUAGGUGUUGAACUGUAUCAUCAUAUCAUCUUUAACCCUUAUAGAACCCUACCAGAGGAGUAAAAAUGGCAACUGGAUUAACAGAUUGGCCUUCAGUGUAUUCAGGAGCCAAGUCAUAUCACCCAUCAGUUGUACCUAUUUUCUUUAGAAUGGGGCGAUUGAAGCACAAUAGACCUGGAUUUGCUCUCCCUUUAAGAGCACUGGGAAACCUAGAGCUUAUGAAGGUAUGUUAAAUUGCUUCACAAUAUAUUUGUACUCUAUGUCAUUAUUAUCAUUAUGAUUAAUCGUCAUCAUUGUUGGUAUGAUGAUGAUGAUGAUGAUGAUGAUGAUGUUUACUAGUAAUAGCCAAAGGUUACGGAGUGUGGGCGACAACGAUCUAAGGUCAAACGCUUUUGCUACAAUGCUGUGAGCGCUUUGCACAGGUUUCUCGUGACAGAUGGUCAAAACACACAUGAUCAGGUAACGAGGGGGGUAGAAGGUUGAAACACGCGUGAUCAACCUGCGUUCUGUGCAUUCCAUUCAUUCUUAGUGGAAGUCGAAAUGAAUGCUGGCCACACUCAUGCAACCCAUGCGUAAUUAAGGACCUGGAGAUUAGGAUUGCGGGCUCUUCAUGUUGCCCACAAUUAUGAUUAUUAUUAUUAUUGUUGUCAUAAUAAAUUGUUAUUAUUAGCUAAUUUAAAAGAAGUAAGUAACUGCAGUGUGAUGAACAUAAGAGGUACCAUAAAUUAUUGGUGGAUUUGGUCUGUGACUAUUAAUACUGUGCCACAUUUGUUAUUAUUUGUCUUUAAAAUAUUUUCUUAAAAAUGCAGUAUUUACCAAUUGAAAAUUAACCUAUUCAGCUGGUUAAUUGAUUGAGAUUUGUUUUAUGCAUUCUCCAUCUAGAUACCCAACUUUUUUCACUUGAGUCCACCUGCCAUUGAAAGGCAUUGUCAAGCUUUACAGCGUAAGUUCCAUAAUUCUAUCAUUAAUGAUUUCAAAAAGCUUUUAAUAUAAAAUCAUUUUGAGAAGCAUCACUCUUUGCUUGCAAGCUGUUGUCCAAGCAGGUAUAUCUCCUUAACCCUUAAGAACUUAUUUCCCCUUCAUAUAUUAUAUUUUAAUUAAAGAAAAGACAUGAAAAUACAGUUGAACCUCCAUGAAGUGGCCACCCAUUAUUUUGGUCAACAUCUAUUAAGUGGCCAGUAAUCAAAGUGCUGAAAUAAUAUUAUAGAAAAGAAUAAUAUGUUGAAUUAAACCUUUAUUACAUGGCUACCUCCAUUAAGUGACCACGGCUGCCUUUUGGCCACCCCAACGAGAGUUCUCCAAUUGUUGUCACCUCUGGGCGGCCAUCAAGUAUUUGAUACACUUAGUUGACUUUCUUAUAAUAGGUGAUAAAAGGAAAAUACAGUCCAAGAUAGAAGGUGAUGACUGAUUGUAGACUAGUAAUGCUGCUCCUGUUACGUGUUUUUAGUUUAAUUAAGUGAUGUUUCUGCUAAAGAUCAUGCUUAUUGAUGAACAACCUCUAUUGAGCAGCCCACAUUCAUUGAGGUCAUUAAGCGACCAUUUUCUUGUUCCCCAAGGGUGGCCGCUCAAUGGAGGAUUUGACUGUAAAAUCAAAUUAUCUCCAAAGAUAACUUGAAUGUUUUAGACUAAUCCAGGGGAAAUGUUUAGGGAGCAGCAUGACCUAGGGGAUGGCCCAAGCACAGUGACAGGGAUGGGAGGAGGGGGUGGAGGGGGGUCUGGUGGAAGGUCUGAAGCAACACUUUGAGGCUGAAAGAGUUGAGACAUCUCAUCUUUUUCUUUUCAGCAAGUGAGGGAGACAUCUCACUGUUUGAGUUCAAUUCACUUAAGACGAAUAGGUCCUUUGCAACUAGUCAUUCACGGGGUACAAAACCACCAUGCUGGAGAGCAACGGUUGCAGUGCGACAAGCCAACAAACACCAUGUGAAUGACAAGCUGCAAAGGGCCAGUUAUGGAGGAGAAGCUUCUUCCUCACAGUCAGGCAACUGUUGCAAAAUUGCAUACUUUUCUUAUUUUGUUUAUUUGUAACUUCAUCUGUUUUGCUGUCAAUGUAGCACUUUGUACAGAAUGGCCAGGUUCACUCGAUCUUUCAUCAGUUCCUCUACGAAUCACAACAAGAAAUUAUCUAUUUGCGGGGCCUUCACUUUACCACCCAGGAUCAAGAAAAGUCAAACUUCAGGUGUUGUAAAAUGUUGUAAAAUUUUUGCAAAAUGUUCAAACGAAUGGCAGUUUUAAGGACUGCUUGUGUCAAAGUGAUUGUCAUCUUGUUGGUCCCAGUGUGGUUUUCGCUUUAUCACCACCCUUCUCCACAGUUAAGGUUUUAAGUUAAGGAGUCAAUACCCUCCCCUCAUAAUUGAUUUACGUGACUAAAGUUAACGAAGAGAUUGUUCGCCAAAGACAAUGCAUAGGUAGUUCAAUCUUUCCAAAGGCGGCAUGAAUGUGUGAUUGUAAAGUUAAUAAUAUUAAAAGUACCGUUGUUGUUAUAUAAAUGGUGAAAAAUAAGAUAUUUAUUGUUAAGUUUUGUAUUUCCCUGUAAAAUAUAACAUUUGCAGGUUAUUUAGAGGAAAAUGCAAUUUUGUUGUUGUCCCAGGGUGGGGCAUUUGCACACUUUUUUUUAGCCCCACCAUGGGUUUUUGCAGCUUUUCCAAAAAAACAAAAAUGAUAAUGACAAAAACCCGGGGAUGGAUGGGCACCCUUGGAAUUGACUGAGCCUUAACACUAUUCGAUCUUUUACCUAGUUCCCUUGCGACCGCAACACUACACCUCCCCUUUUUUAGAGUGCGGCAGAAAGUCCUUGUAAACAGUGUCCCAUGUAAACGUUUGAGCUUGCUCAGACCGUCGGGGUCCUGUCCGCUUGCCUGUACUUCUGCUUCCGGCAAAACUGGAGAUGGGUCGUCGGUUGCGUUGCAGGGGUACAGAUCCGACGUUUUGCUUUCCUUUUUUUGAGUUUCACUUUUUGUUCUGCCAUAAAAGGGUGUGGUCUUCAAUCACUAUCGAGCUUGUGAAACAUUUCUUCUUUUUUUAGGCUGCGUAAUCUUUUAUCUACGUUUUCUUUGACGCGUCUUUCUCUUUUCAAGUGACUGAUUCUAGCCAUGGACCAUUAGAAUGCAAGGAUUUUUGCAUCGUGUUUCAGUUGUUGUUGUGUCUUUUUUAUGCUUUUAGGACAUCUUAUGUAUGUUUUUGAAAGUAAAAAGUUAAAGCAGCCUGUAUGACAGGCGUUCGAAAGCAAGUGAACACCUCUAAUUAUUGUGCUAUAACUGUAACAUGGUUAGAAAGAAGCCAGGACGUGACUUCCUAUUUGCGCCACCCACUUAGAUUAGCCGCCCAUGCCUGCUAUUUGCAGGUAGAGAGCUAUGUAAAUUUUCGUUUUUGAUGUUAAAAUGUUGAAAUAAAUCAAACCUGAUCUGUAAACUUCAUAAUUACAGGUUUAUUUAACAGAUUUGGUUUUGGAUGAGCAUGCAAAGAAGAAGUUAAUACAACUUGUGGGUCCUCGUUACAAUCCCGAAAAUGAUGAGCUCACCAUUGUGGCAGACAGGUACAUUUAGUUGUACAAAGUAACCGCUGUUUAGUGGUUCAUUCAGACAUGAAAACAAUAGUAUUAUAACACCUUGUAGCUCAACCUCUCUUUCUCGUUUAAAGAAUUAGACCAUCUGUAAAGUAGCCAUUAUAAAACCUAAGAGUUAACCACAUGUCUUUUGAGUUAGCAGGUGACUGACAUCUCACGUAACACCCACCACGUAACUGUAUAGCCUUGAGGUAGACUCAUUUCCAGUAGUUUCCAGGGUCAAAUUGGAUGAAAACACACUGAACACAGUGCAGGACUUAAAUGGCCGUCAGCCUUCCCAAAAUCUCCCACGACCCCAAUUUUUUCCCAGGAUUUUAUGUCUGUAGUUUACUUAUACUAUUGAGUUACCUCUAAGGGACAUGUACGGCAUAUUUAUUUGUUGAUGUUAAACAGAUUAUUCAUUUAGCAUCGGGAGACAACAAUGCUGUAACUCUGUAGCUACAUGUAAUUCUUAAACGAAACAACUUCAGAGCGAUCUAAUCCAGCUUUUUUUUUGCUGAGAAUUCACUAGAUGCAUAUAACAGGCGUACAUUGCAAAGAGUUGGUGUAAUAUUUUGUAAAGUGUGAUGAUUUUUAUAAUCACACUUUUUCUAUGCUAGGCGUAUAGCCACUCCUGUCCUAAGGGACAGAUAUAUUGCAGCAGUAACUUAAAACUCGAUAGGGCUUUGCCUCAGGCAUCCCAUUAAUUACCCUGCUUGGCAAAAACAGUGUCUGGUCGUUUCAUCUUCGCUCUUUCCCUAACGUAAACUCAUAUCUGUCAUAUGUACCGGGUAACUUAUGUCUCUUAGAGUGUGUCAUUGAGAGAAAGGAAUUUUCAACCAGUUUUCUAUUAUUUCGUUUUAGAUGCCCUACACGGAAACAGAACAAAGAUUAUGCUAUGUACUUGCUGACGGUGCUUUAUCACGAGUCUUGGGUUAGUAUUAUUAAUGUGAAGAGAGUAUGUUUACUGAACUCUGAACUCACACCGGCCAACAUCCACACGACUGUUACUCAACCCAAUUACUACAGCUUGUAUUUUCUUGGGGCAUGGCUACUUUCCUCUUUAUAAGGUACUACUUGUCCGUCACAGAAUCGCUCCAACCUUUAUGUAGCCAGUAGCCAUUUAUACACAUCCUAGGUGGACAGCGAGUGUGGAACAAAGUAUCUUGACCAGUGCUAUAAAGAAAACAAUAUGAAACCCCAGUAUUAUAUUGCUAGUACCCACUUCAUACACCUUUGACAAAGUAAUGGACUUGGUGAAGAUAGACAAGAGCAUAGAAAUCCCCAUAGAGUUGGUUGGAACCUUCUUGUACAACAGUCCCUGUCUCUCAUGGUCUCUAUUACUUUCUACUUACAGAAAACCGAGCCAUGGGAGACUGAGAAGAGUAACGAUGUAGAGGAAAGCGAGGAGGAAGAAGAAGAAGAAAAAGCAAGGAAGAAAAGAAAAAAUCCGAAACGUGUUCGACUGAUUGAUGGCACUCUGUAUAGGAUGAACCAGUAUGGCAAAUAUUUUAAGAUGCAAUUAAAAGUGAAAGAAUGAACCAAGGUCCAGUACAAGCCUUAUGAUUUGAAGUCAGUUUGUGUUGUCACGAGACCAGCAUAUCUGAUACAACGACUAGUCAAUUUUACCUAUUGUAAGUCAUUCCUUAUUGGUGCGGUGAGUGAUGCUGAAUCACCUUACCUAACAGAGCUUCUCUAUUCCCAGAGGAUUUAUCAAAGCAAAGGAAAAACUAGUUUUAUCUGAAUCGUCUGAAUCAACAAUCUGUGAAGAUAUAACGGAGGAUUUCAAUAAAUUUCUCAAGUUCAUAUGAAUAUCGUACAUGUAACCAGUCGACUCGUGCAACAUUUAUAUUCAACCC